AUGGGUUCCGUCGCCACUCUCACACCCGGCCUCGAGCCACUCUGCCGCAUAAUUACACCAAUUGGGAUGCUGGGCUAUGGCUUCGAUGAAUCUGACAUCAAGGAUGCUCUAGAAUACUCAUUGAUCAGUAAAACACCCACUGCAAUCAUUUUGGACUCUGGCUCUACCGAUUCAGGGCCUAUGAAGUUGGCCUUGGGAACAAUGACCUGCCCUCGCGCAUCCUAUGAAAGGGAUUUACGGAAGCUUGUCGCCAUAGUAACUAAAUACCGUCUUCCGGUACUUAUUGGGUCAGCAGGAGGAGAUGGAAGCAACAGUCAUGUCAAAGAGCUUGUGGACAUUAUCAAAGAGAUUAUGGCAUCUUCAACCAACAGUGCUGCUCAGCUGAAAGUGUUGGCGAUAUAUAGCGAAAUUGACGGCAGUACCGUAUUGGAACGGCUGCGUACGGGAAAUGUCUCAGGCUGUGGCCCUUAUUUUGACAUCAUUAUUGGCGGCCGUGCCUACGACCCAGCGCCAUACGUUGCCUUUUGCGCCUACCACGCCUUUGAUCAAUCCUGUCGUCCCGUCCUCUCCCUUGACAGUCAUAUCUUGGGCGGAUUCACACAUAUGGGCAAGAUUAUGGAAUGCGGCGGCUUAUGCGCUACACCCAAGAGCCCUUCUUCCCAGGCAACGAUCUACAGAGAUGGGACAUUUGAUGUGCGGCCGCUUCUCCCUGGAGCUGUUUGUACUCCCACUACCGUUGCUGCUCAUACCCUGUACGAGAAAUCUCGCCCUGACCAGCUUCACGGUCCUGGAGGAUACAUCGAUCUUUCUUCCUCCACCUAUUCGCCGCUGUCGGAUAACUGCUCAGUCAGGGUCAAUGGAACUACAUUUCACUCUUCAAAGAGAGACGGUGGUUGUUACACAGUCAAAUUAGAAGGUGCCAAAGUCAUCGGUUACCGGACAAUGUUUAUGGGAUCGUUUGUAGAUCCGACUUUAAUCUCUCAACUACACCCACUUUUGGAUAGAAUCAAAGCGUACGUGACUAAGCAGCACGCACACAUCACCGAGAAAUGGGAGCUUGGAUUCCAUAUAUACGGAUACGACGAGGCUAACAAGGCGGUCCAUGCAAAAAACGUGUUUCUGGUUGCUGAAGCACUCGCCGAGACACAAGCAACAGCUACGAGCAUUGCCUCCACUGCUCGAGUUGGGUGUGUUCACGGACCAUAUAAAGGUCAAAAAGCCACGAGCGGCAAUUUUGGCUUUGGGUUGGGUGGCAAGGGGGAGAUUGAGACAGGUCUCUGUGCUGAGUUUUCAGUCUAUCAUUUGAUGAACCUGGAAGAUGGGGAAGAAGACGCCACCCAAAUUCUUGACGGCGAACAAAGCAAGCAGAAGAAGCUAUUCUCUUUUGAAGCUCUACUUGUCGGAACCGGAGAACGAGUACGACGUAGGCAUCAUGAUGCUGACAUAACUUUUCAACUUGAGGACGCAAACUUGUACCCAACACCAGUCAAUGCAGUACCUGAGAUCAUAGAACCCACCCCUUUUCCUCAGACCAUCGGAGAGGCAGCAAAGGUUAUUAGGUCGAAAAACGCAGGCCCAUACGAAAUCACAUUCGACAUCAUCUUUAAUGACAAAGAGACAUAUGACAGAGUCAAGAAUUCUGGCCUUCUUCGACCCGAGUUAAUUGCAGAGAUAUACGAUCUCUCUGUUGAUAACAUUGUAUACUGUGGUUUCUUCGACCAGGCUCUGGCGUUCAAGGCUACUAUUCCCCGAAUGCGCAAUGGACGGCCUGCGGUAUCUGGUGGCUUCAUGGAAGAUGAUGUUCAUGGGUCGCAAAAAUAUUUACCUCUGAUGAACUUGAAACUUGGUGGUAAAUGAUUCGAGGAGACUGUCUGGGAUGUGGGUGGUAUAACAGUUUUUCACGCUGUUGAAUGUCAUUUGAGCUGUAUCAAAACUAAGCCUUGUGCUCAUACCAUCAACUUGGCCCUUGAGGUCUUACAUCGUUGAUCGCACCAUCGCACUAUC